CUGGGUGACACGCGGGGGCAGAGACAGAUCCUCCCCGGAGCAGGAAGCUGCUGCUGGGACCUGCGGGGCGACAGAGGAGGGACCGAACCGCAACCGCGUCGACACCAGCAGGCAACCAGCGGCGCGUCCAGCGUCAUGUAGAGGCCGACGGAGGCGCAGCAGCCGCGGGCCACGACCACCGAGCGACGCCGGCGCACGACGCGAAGCACAGCGGCGGCCCGUUGUUUUUGUCUCGAGCCUGGCGAAAAUGAAGGAGCUGAGGGGCUGCGGCACGCGCUCCUCCGUGGGCUUUCUGUCCCGCAGACAGCUGACGGGGGAGCCGCUCAUGAAGGACGAGUUCCAGCGGCGCAGGCUGGCCGGCUGCACCAGCCUCUACAAGAAGGACAUGCUCGGGCAUUUCGGCUGCGUCAACGCCAUUGAGUUCUCCAACAACGGCGGGGAAUGGCUGGUGUCCGGAGGGGACGACCGCCGGGUCCUCCUCUGGCACAUGGAGAAAGCCAUCCACGCCCGGUCCAAGCCCGUGAAGCUCAAGGGGGAGCACUUGUCAAACAUCUUCUGCCUGGCCUUCGACAGCACCAACAGAAAGGUCUUCUCUGGUGGAAAUGAUGAACAGGUGAUUCUUCAUGAUGUGGAGAGGAGGGAAACUCUGAACGUGUUCCUGCAUAUCGAUGCUGUGUACAGCCUGUCGGUCAGCCCGGUCAACGACAACGUGUUCGCCAGCUCGUCGGACGACGGCCGCGUCCUCAUCUGGGACACUCGCGAGCCGCCGCAUGGGGAGCCCUUCUGCCUGGCCAGCUACCCCUCAGCCUUCCACAGUGUGAUGUUUAACCCCGUGGAGCCCAGGCUGCUCGCCACGGCCAACUCAAAGGAGGGAGUUGGACUCUGGGACAUCCGCAAGCCACGCAGCUCUCUGCUCCGCUAUGGGGGCAGCAUGUCUCUGCAGAGCGCCAUGAGCGUCCGGUUCAACAGCACCGGCACCCAGCUGCUCGCCCUGCGCCGUCGCCUGCCCCCCGUCCUCUACGAGCUGCACUCUCGCCUGCCCAGCUUCCAGUUCGACAACCAGGGCUACUUCAACUCCUGCACUAUGAAAAGCUGCUGCUUCGCUGGAGACAAAGAUCAGUACAUCUUGUCUGGGUCAGAUGACUUCAACCUCUACAUGUGGAAAAUCCCGAAGGAUCCAGAAGCAGGAGGACCUGGGCGUGUGGUGAAUGGGGCUUUCAUGGUCCUGAAGGGUCACCGCUCCAUAGUGAACCAGGUCCGCUUCAACCCUCAUACCUACAUGAUCUGCUCUUCUGGCGUGGAGAAAGUCAUCAAGGUGUGGAGUCCCUACCAGCAGCCUGACAGUCUGGGAGAUCUGGACGGUCGUGUGGAGGACAAGUCACGCAGCCUCUACACCCAUGAGGAGUACAUCAGCCUGGUGCUCAACAGUGGCAGCGGUCUGUCCCAUGAUUACGUCAGCCAGUCCAUCCAGGAGGACCCGCGCAUGAUGGCUUUCUUUGACUCGCUGGUGCGUCGGGAAAUCGAAGGCUGGAGCUCUGACUCUGACAGCGACCUGAGCGAGGAGGCCAUCAUGCAGCUCCACGCCCGUGGGCGUCGCUCCACCCGGGCCACGCCGGCAGCUCCCGCUCCAGCCUCUGCCGCCGGUCACCACAGCGACUCUGAUAACUUGUCUUCGUCCUCUCUGGCUGGACCCGACGCCUCAGGAGGGGAGGAGCCCGUUGGCGCCGAGGGGGAGGAUCGUCCCAGGAGACGAAUCGGGUUGGGCCAGUCUGGCUUUCUGGUUAACGAGGACUCGGACUCAAGUGAGUUCUGGCUUGACCCCAUGCCCCGGCCUCGCUCCCCGAGCCCCAGGGACAACUCUACCCUGUCCAGCCCGACAUCCUCCCCUUCACUUCCUGCCGGUGCGUCCAGCUCCUCCACAUCUACUUCCAGCUCCAGCAGUGACGACGAGGAGUGGCGCAGCGCGGUGAGACGACGCAACGUCAUGAGGCGCCGGCGCAUGCACGUGGUCUCCAGAGCUGGGGACCGGCCCGAGUCUGUGCAGGCUCUGUUCUCAGCCAUCGAUUCCUGCAGUUACCCGUCGAUCUCAAUCGAUGACCUGUCUUCCUCCUCGUCGGGCGAAGAACAAGACUCUCUGCAAAUCAAGCCCUGCGCUGCCAGAGAGGAGGAAAAAUGCCUCAGCCCUUCUGACUUUGUGUGUCUGAGCCCAGUCAUGUCCCCCGCAAGCCAAGACAAUGGGGAGGCGAGACCUCAGCCUGCUUCCCCUCAGUCAAUGGAUGGACACAGGACUGACGAGAGGGUUUCUGCAGAGGCAGCAUUAGACAGCUCCAGUGGUGGAGAAGCACGUAGCAGCUCUGUCGGGGUCGAUGGCACCUCCCAAAGCCAACGUAGCCCAGGAGUGAACGGCCAGCACCGAACUGUGAGCGCACAAGUGAGCGAGAGCCUCCACGUGUCCUCAGGAUCAGAGGAAGAGACUGACGCUACGCCUGGAGACACCAGGCCCCCGCGAGAGAACAGCCCAGCACACAGCUCUCUGAAACGGACUCACGUGGGCCCAGAAGAGGAGGAGUCUGCCUCCUCGCCCUCAGAGAAGAAGUUCAAAACGUAACCAUACACAGUUUGUCCCACAGAGGAGUCCUUUGUUAACCUCGUUUAGGAAGUGGAUUUUCUAUGGGUUUUUACAACUCAGCAUUUUCAUUUUGCAUCUUGUAGUCGUGACCUCGGACGCUUCAGAGCAGAGAGCGAUAAGCGACUGGGAGCCGAAAUGUUUUGUUUGACAACAAACUAAUUUGACUGCGUCGUCAUCACACUGAUGACAUUCAAAAAUAAGGAAGCUAGAACAUAAGCUAAGUAUUGUUAAUAGACAUGGUCAUUUAAUUCAAACACUGUGGCUACUCGUGUAUUCUCAAGUUUCGGUUUUCUUUUUUUCUCGCCGAUGCUGUUGCUGUAGCAGAAAUAGCUUCAUCCAGGGUUUGGAGUUUCUCUACCUUUAAGACAUAGGAGGUGUCAUGCAGGACAAACGUUUCAGUAUUUCAUGUGAAUGCUUUCAAGGUUCAGUGCAAACGUGAGAAUCUGCGCCUGGGUGCCUGAAGAACUGACUGUCUCCACAGAAACCCGCAGGAGCACUAUCUGUUUAAGCUGUGCGUUCCAACGCUGCAUUUAAUGUCUCUGCCAGUUGUUUCUUGUGUCAUUAUCCAGCCCCUGGGUAACAUUACAAGCCGAACCCGCUUUGGAUUUCUUGCAAUUAAAAUAUAAUUUGUUCUCCAGUGACGGCGCUGCACAUUCUUCACUGAUUGGUUUGUUUGAUAAAAAGUGACGCAUCUGUUUGACUCUGUGGUAAAUUAUGUUUUAGAUUUUUGGUCCCUUUAAUUUCUAAUAUUAUUAUUAGUUUAAUGCAGCCUAAUUUUAUUCAGCUGGCCCUGACCCUGAACUACCCAUGGCUUAGUCUGAUGAAAAUGAGUCUUUGUUUAUUUUAGUGUAGUUAAAGUUGUGAUCAGCAGCUUGACACUCCAACAAUAAAACACUAUAAUUCCACGGUAUUAAGUCACGAAAAUAAAGUGGUGGAAAAAGUC